CGCUAGUGAUGCUAUAUGUGCGAGUACGAGUCGCUAUACACGUACAGUAUACAGUACGCAAGACCGCAGAUCAUUCAGCAUAGCGUCGCCCGACGUCGACGACAAAACAAGAGACGUUAUAAAAGGUGUUCUUUCGUGAAAUUUCAAUUCUAAAAGAUCACAGAUGGAGCUGACAUGUUGGUUUUUGGUGUAAUGGAAUUUCCAUCACUGUUGGGUAAUCCAAGGGAAAUAUGGCUUGAUUUUGAAUGCUGUUACAAUGUGAUCUUUUUCUCAUUGAUGCCACAGACAUCAGCAUGAGGAACAGCCAGAUACAUGAAGCUGAGCAACAAAUUUUCAUAGAGCUAAACUCUCAUGACGUUUUAGGAAUUAUUUUCUUGUGAGAGCCAAAGCGACGCAACCAUGGGAAUGACACACUCGAGGUCCGAGGACCUCUACAAGAAGUCUAUUCUCGACUCAGAGACAUUUAUUGGCAGUAGAACAGAGACUCCUGGCUACUUUAGUCGGACGGUCCAUACCUUGGACUUUCUGGAUUCCAAAUUCCCAAAUCGUGCAAAGACAGAGAUGUCCUAUAAUGGACCCCCAUCCCACCUUCAGAACUCAAUCGAUGUGCAUCCUUUUUGGAGUGAGUUUGGGCGUGAGUAUCAACCUACAGAUCGCUACCAUGACAUGUCAGAUGUGCCACGAGGGUUGGUGCCUGGCACAGACACUGCACAGGAGAUGAGGAACCUAGAGCAAAGAGAAUCAAUGAAAGACUUGAGGAACCAAGUCAAAGCUAAGAUGGCUCAAGUAAGACCCAUUCCUGAGGAAGAGCGGGAAGAACUGUCACAACCACAGUCUGUACAAGCUCUGGAUGAAGUGGACUCUGCUAAAAUCCCACCGCUGCCACAGAGUAAACCCAUCCAGCCCAAACCAUCACAAUCAACAGAAACAAAGCAUUCCCCUUCAAAAAUCUCAGACAAUACAUUGGAUAUACAUGUAGAUGCUGGGAGUUUCCAGGCCGAAAAAGCGGCUUUGGAUCUCUUGGAUACCGUGAUCAUGGAGAGUAUGAACCUUGGGGACGAAGAUGACGAGGAGGAGGUCACGACCCCUCCCGUUAUACAGGACAGCAAUUGGUCACUGGGGGCAGAGUCGUUCAUGAAAGUUGAAACGCGCAGGCGGAACUUAGAUAGACCUGCUUCAGGGGUAAUGCUAGAUGCCAAUAACAGGAACUCUCAGAAUGUGCUCCGGACAUCUAUGUACUUACCAGAUGCAAACUUCAUGAGUCCGCACAGUGCAGCUGCAAAGUCCAACCCAAAUACGUCAUUGCUGGCCUACAGAAUGGAAGCAGACAACCAUCGAAAUGCACUAGACAUCCGACCACGACCAAAGAGUACCCUAGGUUUUCCAACUGAGAAAUCACUCAGUAAUGGGCUGAGUAAUAGCAGUAUUGAUACAGGAGUUUUCUCCGACAGUGGCACAACGAACAGUGCAUCGAGCAACGACAGUGGGAUUGGUUCAGGAGGGGGUGUGAGGGACUUGGUGAAGAUUUACAACCAACAGACGCGAGCAUCCACGCUUGAACCCUCCUGGAAGAGGCGUUCAGCCAACCUGGAUAAUUAUGGAAAGUCAGGAGGUACACAGACACUUGAGCAGAGCACCAACCAAACUCAAAACUUGCCAUUUGAAGACAACUUGGGGGCGCCUGAUAACUCUGCCAUCUUAGAUGAGAUUCGUAAGGAGUUACAGUUAAAUCUUGCAAACUAAAGUCCUGUCGUAGAGAUCGAUUGUAUGAUAAUCGUAAUUGAACAUGACCGCAACUACUUCCAAAAAAAAUCAAAUGAAGAGUAAUUUCAAUACCCUAUUGUAUCCCAUAGAUAGAGAUUAUAUUUUGAUCAAAUAAUAUGACAUGUUGUCACUGUGUUACAUCAAAUGUUCACCCAUUGCAAAAGGUAAUGGACAAGGUUAUUAAAAUUGCUUUAGGUUGAUUAUGUGAACUGCCUUGCGAUCAUGUUAUUAAUGUUUUAUGUCCUCCUAAUCAUUGCUGGGUAUCCUUGUUUAGAGUCAAUAUCUAAAUGAUCAUUUGUACAUUAUUUCUUUAACUACUGUACUGGAAAGUUCGAGCUGUAUUUCAAUAUUUAAGCUAUGAGUUCUCAGUACUCUAAAAGUGGUGUUUUGGCAGUGUCUUGUGGACCUACAGAAUGUUUGUCUGAUGUUGAGUUUGUUGGAGUACUUAUAGUUUCUUUAUGAGUGACCCUGGCUGGCUACUGGUCUCAUUUACAUCAGAGUAAGCCAUUGCAUCAAGACUAAGACCGAAUUUGAAGAAAAUAGGCGUAAAUAUUCAUAAAUGAAUGAUAUACGGUACGCCAAUUUAACUAUAACAACAACAACAACAACGAAAGAAACAGGAUGUGUUUAAUUAGUGUACCAGGAUCUGGUAUAAUCUGAUUAUCCCUUCACAGAAAUCUCUAUAGAUUUCUAAUCCUCCUUUUAUUACCUUGUACAAUACAGUGAAACCUGUCAAGACUGCUCGAUGGGAAACAUCAAAAGUGGUCUUCAUAGGCAGGUGGUCUGACUUUAUGUACAGGUUUCUUUUGUAUAGGUUUCAAUGAAUUACCAUAUUCAAGGGAAACAAAAAAUGAGGUCUAAAUAGACAGGUGAUCUUUUUAUACAGGUGGUCACCAAAGCAGUUUGACUAUACCUUGGUGGCCAGAGCGCUUGAACUUUUCUCUAAAGUAAUUUUCUUUUGAGACUGGAGUCACUGGACAUCCUGCUCUCCUUCAAUUUGGUAAGUAGUACACAAAUAUAGGUCACCUGCUUUUGUCUUUUCCCUUCAAAAUGGUUUCUCAUUGAAACAUGUACUAACGAAACCUGUACAUAGAGACCUCCUGCCUAUAAAGACUACUUUUCUUGUCUCCCUGCAGCGGUCUUUUCACACAGGUUUCACUGUAUAUCAUUUAAAGCUGAGAAUCUGCUCUUAGAACCAGACCUAAAAUAACCGAAAAAUUCUGUGUUGUUGUUGGGGGGUGGUGCCUGGUCAUAUUUUGAUCACCUUACAAGCUCUGAAAGCCUCAGAUACUUGCAUGCAUACUUGAAACAAACUCUUUAAUCAGAAUCAAACUGGUUUUUUAUAAUAGUGUACUGUAUCACAGUAAAAAUUGAAUGUUUUGAACGGGGAUGCCUUGGAAGUCAUAGGCAAACCUUGUUGCUGUAACCUACAUUUAUAUGUUAAUUUGUAAUAUACAUGUAUGAACAGAUAUUAUUUAUACUCAAAUUAUUAUUUACAUCUACAUUAUAUGUGUUGGUUUUUGUGUUGUAUUAACAUUUGUAAUUCCAUCAUAUAACAUCAAUUUUUGUUGUGUAUUUAUGGUUGAUUGUGGCCCUAUAUGUAAAUUCCUUGAGUGAGCUAUCCCCUCUACACUUUGUGAGCUAGCCCCUGUGAUAUUAAACUUUCAACAUGGUGAUGUAAAGAGAAACAGAACUUGAUUUAAAUGGAAUCUGCUUUUCAGUCCAUUUCAGUCCAU